UGUGCCUGCUCCCACACAAUAACCAAGAGGAGCAACGGGACAGAGAAUGGUUUGGCUGCUGUUGCUGGCUGCACUUGCACCAAGCGUUAUCACAACACCCUUUCCUGCAAGCGGUUCAAGACCGGGCCCUCCACUCACUACAGCUCUCCUUAUCGGAGGAUGCGUUUGCUGGAGAAUGUCACUGCCUGGGUGGAAUCCUACAGUGGAGGCAGAGUUGAGAGGACCGAGAACAUCACUUUGCAACUGGAGUAUGCCAUCAAAUUGGAUCCACCCGACCACGCCAGAUUGAAUGGUAAAUCCAAUGGUACCCUGAAUCUGACGCUGCCGAAGCCAGAUGACCCGACGGUCAAAGACAGACGGUUACAAAGGGAAGCUCAGUACAGGCGGCUGAAGGGCACCCAAUGGACGCAGGUGGCGUGUCAGACCCAGGACGACGACAAAACAGUGAUCUGCAACUUGGGAACACGCGCGGCCUGCGAAGUCCAGCUGCGGCACAAAACGGCCCAUUGGAGCAGCUACUGGAGCACCUGGAGCAAAUCCCUUGUUGUCCCCGAAGAAAUCCUUGCGAGCCCAGAGGUGAAUUUGACGGUGGGGAGACUCGGGAGGAACGGGCGGAGAAACGUGACGGUCCACUGGCAGGAAGCCUGUGAAGAGCAGGGAGAAAUUAGCUACACGCUGACGUUCGACAUGCGGGCGUGCGGGUGCAAAGAGCAAGAGAGGGAUAUCGUCCACGUAAAGAAUGCGACGACGCUGAGCGUGGUUCUUUCCGGGGCAGAGUACCACGUUUCUAUGGGCGCCUCUAACUCAGCAGGCAGUGGGCCCUUGUGGACAUAUCACAUCCCUCCAGCACAUCACCCAGCAAUCGGCUUCCUGAACGUCAGCUCGGCUGGCAGCAGCGUGACAGUGCAGUGGGCAGCAAAGACCAAUGGGACCCGCUACUGCUUCGAGAGGCAACCCCUGGAAAACCCCCAGGAGGGCCGGGAGGAAUGUAUCCACAAACAGUUCUUUGAACAGGACAGUUAUGUGGAUACAGGGACAGUGCAACCUAAGAAGUGUUACAGAAUUGCCAUUCACGGACUGGGACCCGAGAAGCACUGGUCAACGUUUGGUUCUACGUAUCACUUUGCUACAAACACUUCCUUGGAUGGGCCCCUUCACAUCCAGAACAUCACAGCGACCUCAGCUGUCCUGCAUUGGAAUCUGUCACCCGUCUCCCAGUGCCCCGGCAUUCUGAAGAAAUUCACAAUCUGCCACAGGAGUGAGCAAGAGAACAGAAUGUUAUAUCACGAAGCAAACGCUUCAGCGAUGCACUACGCCCUCCGGGACCUGCAGCCCAGCACUUCCUACCGGGUUGGGAUUCAGGCAGCCACCGCAGACCGAGACACGCCCUGCAGUCCCCAGUACCCGUUUCGGACCAUGAAGCUCGGUCCCAACCCUCCAGAGUGGAAAGUCAACCUGAGGUACCUCGGUAUUUUCCUAGGCAUCCUGAUCCUGGCCAUGUUUUACCACUUCGGCAAAAAGAGGGUCAAGAAAGUGCUGUUCCCACUUCUGCCCAGCCCCGUGGACAGCCAAGCCCUCAAGUUCCCCGCUGAGGAGAUGAGCCAGGAGAAGCUGCGGCCAGGAUUUGUGGAGCCCUCAGAGAAAGUCAGCCCCACGGAACCGCUGGUGACCGAAUUCACCUCAGACAAAGGGGAGCCUGACAUGAACACCGAGACUCACUCCCUGCUUCCCGACACGGCGACGGAAGAAACGGCAGAGAUGUUACAGGCCAAGGAGGGCCAGGCAGGUUCUGAGAGCGACCUGCCGUUUGAGAGCGACCUGCCGUUUGAGUACAGAAGGCAGGUGCUUCUGACCCCAGCGGAAGAGGAACAGGAAGAAGACGAUUUCAGAGAACUUGAUGGCAUAAGAGGUCAAAAUAACCUCGCUGAAGCUGGCACAAGCCCUUUUCGGCCCCCGCCGGAUGAGGGUGCCAUCGACCGCCGGUGCAGCUCUCUUUGCUGCUCUCGGACAAACCCGUGGUCAUAA